UUUGAUUACAGUUUCAAUUUCUUAUCUCCCACUUAUUUCAGCGAUGAAGAGGCUUUGCGGGGUGGACUCUGAGUCCCAGUGCACCCCCGCGCCACGGAGUGCCUCCUGAGGGACCGGCCCCUGGGCGGACGAUGCUCUCUUGGGGGUGGAUCUUCCUUUGGUUUGUCACAGGAGAGAGGACCAAAGGGUUUAACAUCUCAGGUUGCUCCAUCAAAAACUUCCUUUGGAUGUACUCUGCGGAGAGCGCCGAGGAGUUUGUCUUAUUUUGUGACUUAGCAGAGGCACGGAAACCCCGUUCCUACCACAGACACCCGCUCUCACCCACCCAAGGCCCUGCGCGCCCGCCCUGCCAUGGCCUUGAGGGCCUGUCUGAUGCCCAGUGGUACCUUCAGCCUCGGGAAGGAGGCGCCUUAAAGGAAAUUACCAGCAACCAGUCCCACCUGCUCCUGGACAAGACGGCCCUGCGCUUUCUGAGCGCGGAGAGGAGCCAUGCUGGCUCCUAUAUCUGUAGGCCCAGGAUGAGGAGCCGCAGGGACGAGGCGUGCUGCGUGAAGAUGGUCCUGGAAGUGCAGCCCCAGGCCGACCUCUCCUGUGCACGCCCUGUGCCGCGGACGCGCUACCUCCGUCUGGGCAGCACCGACGCCAUUCACUGCCCCAGCCUUGGCUGCCAGGGUGGCACCCCGAGUCCAGAGAUGACCUGGUACCAGAAUGGAAGACUGCUCUCUGCGCAGAGGAGCAACCCGCUGCCGCUGGCCGUGAUCUAUGACUACCACGAGGGCACGUACGCCUGCGACUACAUGCAGGCCGACGGCGCAGGGUCCCGCACAGUCAGAGCCGUUGUCCAAGUGAAAACCAUUGUGAGAAACACCACUCUCAAGCCGGACAUCCUGGAGCCGGCCCAGGACACCCUGGAAGUGGAGCUGGGAAAACCUUUGACUCUUAACUGCACGGCACGAUUUGGCUUUGAAGAGCACUUCAAACCGGUGCUGAGAUGGUACAGCAAAGAUUCUGGUCAGGAGUUGGAAAUCCCAACAAAGGAAGGGGGAAGCGUGAAACCCACCGUGGAGGCGGAAGUCAUCCAGCGCACCGUCCACUUGGAGAGAGUCACCCAGAGCGACCUGCACAAGACGUUCAUCUGCUUCGCCCAGAACUCGCUGGGGAACAGCACGCAGCCCCUCCAGCUGAGGGGGAGGAAGGGAGUGGUGUUCCUGUACGUCCUCCUGGGCACCGUGGCCGCCCUGGCGGGCGCGCUGGCAGCAGGCGUGCUGCUCUUCGCGUACUGGAUUGAGGUGGUGCUGCUGUGCCGGACCUGCCAGGACAAGGACGAGACGCUCGGGGAUAAAAAGGAGUUUGAUGCUUUCAUCUCCUACGCCAAGGGGAGCGCCUCUGAGAGUGAGCCCGCCUCGCCCGUGAGUGAGGACUGCCUGGCCUUGAAGCUGUUCCCCGAGGUUUUGGAAAACAAAUAUGGCUAUACCUUGUGUUUGCUUGAAAGAGACGUGGCUCCGGGAGGAGUGUACACGGAAGACAUUGUGAGCAUUAUCAAGAAAAGUAGAAGAGGAGUCUUCAUCUUAAGCCCCAACUAUGUCAACGGACCCAGUGUCUUUGAACUGCAAGCAGCAGUGAGUCUUGCCUUGGAUGAUCAGACGCUGAAGCUCAUCUUAGUCAAGUUCUGUCCCUUCCAAGAGCCAGAAUCCCUACCUGACCUGGUGAGGAAGGCUCUCCGGGUUUUGCCCAUAGUCACUUGGAGAGGCCUCAAGUCGGCACCUCCCAAUUCCAGGUUCUGGACUUGCAUGCGCUACCACAUGCCCAUGAAAAACCCCAUGGGGCUCCCCUGGGGCCAUCUCAGGGUUAUCUCAAGGGCUUUCUCGCUGGGAAGACAGUAAGACAGAGGCCCCUGGGAGGAGCUCCCAGCCGAGGCGCUGGCGACCUGGGCCUGGUGAGCAGAGAGACUGCCAGGCAGGGCACACAGCCGGAUCGGGCCGGACGGUGCUCGGCCCCCUGGGACGGCCCUGGGGCUGGGCCUCUGGUCUCUCGGACUGGACAGAGGGAGAGGGGAUUCUCCAGCCACUGCAGAUGCUCAGCACACUCCCACGGCUUUCUUAGUGGUCACCAGCAUUAGCAAAUGCAUCCACUUUUACUGGUGGCUAUGGACUAUCAUGUCUACUCUGUAUUGUACAUAUACAUUUAUAUAUAUAUAUUCGCAAUAAAAUAAAUAUUAUUUCAUUAGAAACAAGCAAUUUUAACUUUGUCAAAUAUUUCUCUGUAAAGAAGGUAAUUCUUGCUCCAUGUUCACCCACUAGCUCUCGAGCACAGAAAGCGAGUUUGAAGGCCGGAUGGGGAACAGGAGCCACGUUAGCCUGUACUCUCGUCCUGUGGGCACGGUCCCCUCUGGCAGAUGAGCUGGCUGAGCACCUCACCAGGACACAGGCCUGGGAGCAGAGGAGGGGUAUUUUCAGCUUCUCCUUGCCGUUGGCCUUAGGGCAGGACCGACCUGAAGUAUAGAACCUUACUCUGGGCCAGUGGAAGGAGGGACCAUCUGGGCCAUAAUGGUUGGAGCAAUGAAUGAACUCACAGCUACACACAAAGUGGAAAGACGGUGGCAAGAGUCAGCAGCCAAGAUACAAGCCUGAGAAACAAGCUUCUACACAUCAAAGGACAGCAAGGCUGGACUGGGCAGAGCUUCUGUCUAAGCCAUUCCCCCCUGAGGCGGAUGCUUCUUGUACAUGCUUCCUGGCCUGCCGACCCCAGGGCAAGGCCUGCUGGUCACAGGUGCUUUGCUGGAGGACCGAGCAGCUGUUCCCCGCAGACAAGAAUUUCAUUCUCAUGUAUUUGUUUUCCUUCUGAGAGUUCAAAUAGUGCUCUAAUCCCGCAUGAACAUAAAGCCCUCUCAACCCUGAGGGGGUGGGUUGAUCCAUUUGAGUGACAAAGAAGAGCAACUUCUGGACUCAUUCACAUGUGCUGUGUCACU